GAUCCCACUGCUUCUGAUGCACAGCCGUCCCUCACCAGAGCUGCUGCUUCACAGGGACAAACACACCUGAAGGAAGACGCUCCACCUGCUCAAGUGUUGACCUCCUGCUUUAAGCCAGGAGAUCAAGCGUAGCUGCACAACAGAGACAUGUCUCUCACACGGGUGCGUUCUCCUGCACCUGCGAUCCAAUGCAUCCUGUCAUGUGUACAGUAGAUACUAAUACGUGGACUCAUUCGUCUUCUGCUGAGUGUUUUCAGCCUUGUUUCGACCUCCCUGGCCUGAUGUUAAGUGUUUGAAGGGAUUGGGACGGUCUUAUAUUACAAAAGGAUUAGAGUUCAUGACACCGUCUUAAUCCCUGGUUCCUCAGUGAGGAGGACAGGGAGAGGUGAGCGGUGAAGGGUGUGGCCAGGGAAGCUCUUCCUGGCUGUCCACUUGACUGUCAGCGUGCCCCCUCCACUCCACUGUUCCCACCAGUGCACAGAGGAGUACCAGCAGCGAUGGCAGCAGUCGGCUCAGUGGGAUGAGACCGAGUCAGACCUCAGCAUGUGUGAAGAAGAGUAACUGUUGUGGCUCCUUUUGGGCCCAAAGAGGCUUGUUUCCUCCUCAGCUCUGCUGCUCGUGAUGGACGCCAUGGACGUGUUGUGAUGCAGAGCAACAACUUGAGAACUUGGUCUGCAGUGACCACCAGGUAUUAACAUGUGGGUUCUGUGAUCCGACCUCGAGCGGACGGCUCUCAGUGCACGUGUGAAGGCACAUGAGGAGGGAUCAGCCUUCAGUUUAUAGAAAAGAGUCAUAUUUAGAGCUCGCUCAUGUGUACGUUAGUAUUUGUUGUGUUUCAAGACACUUAUCUUCGCUGUGAAUCUCCAGCCUGCUACAGAGAUGCAUGGAGGCCAGUACCAGGUGGCGAGCCCCAAGCUCCACCACUGUCAGUACAGCCUGACAGACAGCUCCUUCGCAGACUCCGAGGAUGAGGAGGCCGAGGCCCCGCCGCCACGCACCCCCCUGCAGAAGCUCACCACAGACAUGUGCAAGGACAGGAAGACCAUCAAGGAGCUGAUGAUAGGCCGCAGGGUGGGCUUCUACAAGGUCCGAGGGGAGAUUGGGUGCGGGACCUUCUCCAGGGUCAAGAUGGCGUUCCACGCUCUGGCUAAAGACAAAGUGGCCCUGAAGGUCCUGGAUAAGACGAGGCUGGACGCUCAGGCCCAGCGGCUGCUCUCCAAGGAGAUCAGCAGCAUGGAGCUCCUGCAGCACCCCAACGUGGUGCGUCUGUACGAGGUGGUGGAGACGCCCAGCCGCCUCUACCUGGUGCUGGAGUACGCAGGAGGAGGCGACCUCCACAACAAGAUCUGCAACGAGGGGAAAUGUAUAGACAACACCAGCAAGAUCAUCUUGGCCCAGAUCCUCUCUGCUAUCAAAUACAUGCACGACAUCAACAUCAUCCACCGAGACCUGAAGGCAGAGAACGUUCUGUUCACCUCCAGCAGCUGUGUGAAGGUGGCGGACUUUGGGUUCAGCACGCGGGUUUCGAACCGCACCGACGCCCUGGACACCUUCUGUGGCUCUCCGCCCUACGCUGCCCCGGAGCUCUUCAGGGACGAGUCCUACCUGGGGCCUCCGGUGGAUGUGUGGGCCAUGGGGGUCCUGCUCUUCUUCAUGGUGACCGGCACCAUGCCGUUCCGUGCCGAGACCAUGGGCAAGCUGCGGCGCUGCAUCAUCGACGGGGUCUACACCAUCCCGCCCUGGGUGGCCGGGCCCUGCCAGAAACUCAUCAGGGGCAUCUUGAGGCCAGUCCCAGCCGACCGCUACGCCGUGGACCAGAUGAUGGGCUGUGAUUGGCUGCUGCCUGUGGAGUUUCCCUGGUCGCUGGUGCGUCAGAAGCCGGUGAGUUCCCUGCAGAGCCUGCUGGGCUCGGAGUACGGGGAGCUGGAGGAGGAAGAGGAGGAGGAGAUCAGGAGCUCGCUGGAGGAGCUCGGCUUUACCUCCGUGCAUCCGAGGAUCAAUCGGCCCACAGACAGCCGCAGCCCCGUCACCGGGGUUUAUCGAAUCCUGCUGCACCGAGCACAGAAGCGCCGGGGCUGCGACUGCCCCCCCGUGGUACGAGGCAUGGUGAGGGACCCGAAGAGAGAGGGGCUCGGGGCCUACAGGGGCCUCAGACACACCUCCAAGCUCUGCUUGCUUUCAUAGCAGUCUGCUAGAGCAACGCUUUUUAUACAGAUUCUUUUAUACCAACAAGUUCACAGGGACUUUAAAAAAAAAAAUCUUAUAUAUACUGUUUAUAUACAUUGUGUAAGAGACAGUUUUUACUGUCAAAUCCUUUUUUUAACAAUUUGUAUUAAAGUCGUUUUUCUUCUUCCAGUCUGUGAAAGUGCCUGAUGACAUGAAAACAACUUUAUAAAUGUUCUUCUUAUACACUUUAAAGCAAUUUAAAACUUUGUAUGGCUUCUGAUCCCCUUCAAAAUAAAGCAACGCUGCUGGAAACCUC